AAAAAUGAGAAGGAAUUUGUCACCGGGAAUCUCAAACACAGCAUGCCAGUUUUGCUGUCUCUGUCUGGAUAUUUAAGAAGUGGAGCAAGGGAUUCAAUCGAAUAUCCUUCCUACUCAGACUGUGGGGAGGGAUUCACUCGACCAUCCUUCCUGCUCAGACUGUGGGGAGGGAUUUAUUCAGUCAUCGCAAUUGAAGGUACAUCAGCAAGUUCACACUGGGCAAGGCCAUUCAUCUGUUCUGUGUGUGAGAAAGGAUUCAGUUGGACCUGUGGACACACCAGUCAGUUCACACCACACCAGGCAGAGGCUGGUGAUCUGUUGAAUUUCUGGGAAAGUAUUCACUCAGUCAUUUGACCUAAUGGCUCACCAGCAAGUUCACACUGGGGAGAAGCCGUUCACCUGUUCAGUCUGUGGGAAGGGAUUCAAUCAGGCAUCCAACCUACGGAGACAUCAGCGAGUUCACACCGGGGAGAAGCCAUUCACCUGUUCAGUCUGUGGGAAGGGAUUCACUCAGACAUCCAACCUACGGAGACAUCAGCGAGUUCAUACUGGGGAGAAGCCAUUCACCUGCUCAGAAUGUGGGAAAGGAUUCAGUGAGUUAUCCAACCUACUGGUACAUCAGCGAGUUCACACUGGGGAGAAGCCGUUCACCUGCUCAGAAUGUGGGAAAGGAUUCAGUGAGUUAUACAGCCUACUGAGACAUCAGCGAGUUCACACUGGGGAGAAGCCGUUCACCUGCUCAGAAUGUGGGAAAGGAUUCCGUGAGUUAUCCAGCCAACUGAGACAUCAUCGAGUUCACACUGGGGCAAAGCCAUUCACCUGCUCAGAAUGUGGGAAAGGAUUUACUGAUUCAUCCACCCUACAGAGUCAUCAGCGACUUCACACUGGGGAGAAGCCGUUCACCUGUUCAGAAUGUGGGAAGAGUUUUAUGCAGUUAUCCCAAGUACAGAGUCAUCUGCGAGUUCACACUGGGGAGAAGCCAUUCACCUGCUCAGACUGUGGGAGCAGAUUCACUCAUUUAUCCAGCCUACAGAGACAUCAGCGAGUUCACACUGGGGAGAAGCCGUUCAUCUGUUCAGUCUGUGGGAAGAGAUUCACAGAGUCAUCCCACCUACAGAGUCAUCAGCGAGUUCACACUGGGGAGAAGCCGUUCACCUGCUCAGUCUGUGGGAAGGGAUUCACUGAUCCAUCCAACCUACAGAGUCAUCAGCGAGUUCACACUGGGGAGAAGCCGUUCACCUGUUCAGAAUGUGGGAAGAGAUUUACUCAGUCAUCCCAACUACAGAGUCAUCAGCGAGUUCACACUGGGGAGAGACCAUUCACCUGUUCAGAAUGUGGGAAAGGAUUUACUCAGUCAUCCCACCUGCAGAGUCAUCAACAAAUUCACACUGGGGAGAAGCCGUUCACCUGCUCAGAAUGUGGGAAGGGAUUCACUCAAUCUUCCACCCUACUGAGACAUGAGCGUGUUCACACUGGUGAGAAGCCAUUCAAUUGCACAGAAUGUGGGAAACGGUUCACUCUGUCAUCCCACCUUCUGGAACACCAGCGAGUUCACACUGGGGAGAAGCCGUUCCCCUGCUCAGAAUGUGGGAAGAGAUUCACUCGCUCCUCCGACCAACAGAGUCAUCAGCGAGUUCACACUGGGGAGAAGCCAUUCAUCUGCUUCAUCUGUGGGAAGAGAUUCACUGAGUCAUUCCGAUUACUGGAACAUCAGCGAGCUCACACUGGAGAGAAGCCAUUCAUCUGCUCAGAAUGUGGGAAGAGAUUCAGUCGCUCUUCCACACUACAGAGACAUCAGCGAGUUCACACUGGAGAGGAGCCAUUUACCUGCUGAGAAUGUGGGAUAGGAUUCACUCAGUCACCCCAACUACUGGCACACCAGUCAGUUGUUAUGAAUCCCUAGGUUUUGUUUGCUGUGGACUGUCAUUUUAAGAGAGAGAGAUUAAGAAGGUGAAUCAGUCUGAUUUGCAGCUUGUUUACAUCACUCCCAGCUUGUUUAGUUUUAGCUGAGGACACAGACACUCAGAGUCAGGAGAUGAAGGAGGAAAAAUGGAAGGAUCGAUACAAGGGAAAUAGGU